AUGAGCCGUCUGUACACGUACUUCGUGACGUCGGCGCCUGGCGGCGCUACGCAGGGCGCGUUGCGCUGCCGCCUGGCGCGGGGCUCGGAACGCGAGUACCUGGUGUGCCUGAAGAAGUCGCGCAUCGAUGUCUACUCGCUGGAGAAGGUCGGCCAAUCGGACGCUGAGGGCGACGAGCGCCCGGAGGCGCCGACGCUCACCGCCACGAUCGAGGCCCACACCAACCUGCUCACCUUUAUCGAGUUCCGGCCACCGGGAGCCGAUCAGUCGCAUCUGCUCGCGCUGACCUGCAACAUGCUACUCUUGCUGCUGACAUUCGACGCCGCAGCCGGGAAGUUCGCAUCGAGGCCGCUGGUCUCCUUACAGGAGAUCGGCGCGCAAGAGAUUGAGUCGGACGUGGUGCUGCGGAUAGACCCAGGGUACCACUUCAUCCUCUUCCACGGGCAGAAGAAGACACUGAAAUGUGUCGUGCUGGACCGCGAAAACUACUUCAACAUCGGCCACGUGAUCACCAUGCGCACGGGCGAAAGCACAUUUUUGGACGUCGCGUUCCUCGACGUUGCCCUGAGGGAGGUUUCGGGACCUGCAGCAGCCCGCCGUGCUGAUGUCGGUGCGAACAUGUCUGCAUCCCGACUCGCCGCUGCAUCCGAGUCAUUCACGGAACUCAGCAGAUCUAAAAUGCGCAAAUCCGUACUGGAGUCCAAGAUGCUACUCAUAGCGGCGCAUCGCCGCGGCGCCUCUGCUGCCGACGACGGCGAGGGAGCGGAGUUCUGGUACUGUGGCGUGCAGCUGUUCUUCGAGAUCGAGCACUGCGACGGCGACCGGCGCUUCACAGCCUACGGGUGCUCGCCGUUGUUCGGGGAGUCCGUCCCGCUGGCCGAGCGCUUCACGCGAUUCGUGCCCUUGAAGCUCAACGCAGGUCCGCGAUGCAGCGACGGCGCGCUGCUGCUGGGUUCGCAGGCCAUCGGGUUCGUUUCCUUCCGGGAUCCGCGGAAUGUCAAGCUCUUCCACAUGGACAUAUCGGUCGGUGAAAUAACCAGCCACUGCACAGUCGAGGAAAACCGCCGUUACCUGGUCGGAGACGAUACGGGAGCCUUGUACCUGCUUGACCUGGUGGAGUCGCGCACUCCGAUCAACAGCGCCCUCAAGCGGCGCGUGGAAGCGACCGAUUCUUCCCUGCCGGCAUCCAAAAUCGCAAACGUGGGCACAUGCAACUCCAUCGUUGACGUCUUCGCCACAAAGGUCGGCGUCUACUCGCCCCCUUCAGCGCUAGUCAUGAUCGCCCCCGACCUCGUGUACAUCGCAGCCGUGGUGGGCAAUUGCCGAACGGUCCGCAUCACCGGCAUGCAUCACGGGGACGGACACGCCAGCCAUGGUCUUAUGAGCGCCUUUGAAUGCGACGACGCGAUGCGCUCUGUCGAGUCCCGUGACGGCGCCGACCAUAAGCAUAGGCGCAUAGAAUCUUCGGAGAAUUGGCGUCAGACCAACCUCGGGCCCAUACUCGACUUCACUUUCGGGCCGCAACGCAACCAGGUUGCGGCGCCUAUCCUCGCGUGCUGCGGAUACGGGGCGGAAGGCCGCGUAUGCAGCAUCACCCUUGGCGUCGGGAUAGACCUGUUCGCAUCGCACACGUUAGAGGGGGUCCGCAGGAUUUUCGCCGUGAGCACCUCCAACGGCAAAUCGGCAAUAACAGAGGUCGUUAUGUGCUGCGUGUUUUUCAACUACACGCGCUUCUACAAGAUCGCACUUCCAGGUACGGGACACAGGCGGACCUCCGCCAGAACGGUCAUCGAUCCCGUUGACCAACCUAGGUGGGUGGUGGCGCCCGUAUCGGCCGACUCCAUUGGUCUGACGACCAACGCCCGCACGGUGCUGUUCGGCCGCUAUGGUAGCAAUCGCAUAGUUCAGGUGACAUCGCUGGGGGUGAGCGUCGUGAGCGCUAAUGGGAACGACUUCCCGCCGCAGUACUUCAGCGUUUCGGAUAUUUGCAGCUGCGCCGGUGUUGUAGCCAAUCCCGACGCUGCGGCUGUGGCGGUGGUGGAUGCGCAUUGGUGUGAUGGCGGUAUCUUUCUGCUCCUGUCAACACAUGUCGCACUCGUGCUUAGCAUUGAGGGCGGCAUGCGAGUCCCACGCUGGCGCCAGCUGUCUAAGCAGACGUCUGCCACGGCUUACGUCAGCGGGUCAGAGUUCAAGACCGCACGCCCAAGCGGCCUGAUCGCCUUGGCCACGUGGGAGGACACGGAAGUAGUUCUGCUACGUGAUGAGACUCUGGAGACGCUGCAUAGGACGAAAGUCAUUUGCGGUUACGGAGUGGCGAUCACAGCGCUGCGAUUCGGCAUUAUCGAAGACAAGGCGUUCUUAUUCGCAGCGCUGUCAGACGGUACCCUGGUGGUUCACAAGCUGACGUUCGGCAAAACGGUUGGCGACAACAAAAGCUCGUUUAGCAGCGGUUGUGUGGGCAUGACAUUGGAGAAUAUCAUAAAGAUAAGCGAAGACCCAAUCGGCUUGGCGACUCUGGUGGUGACCCCGGGUCAGCAGCCUGGGCGGUUCUGCCGGUUGGCCGCCUCGCGCAUCGUGACCACUGGUGCCAACCCCAUGCUGAUAUACGCGAACAAGGGCAAGGUGGAGUACGUGCCGGUGAAUGCGCCGCAUAUCGCCACCAUAUGCAGCAUCGAUUCCGGGAGGCAGGUUGGGCACGUGGUGCCGCUACUCUACACGUGCAACCGGGACCAGCUCUGUAUCGGCGAGCUUGACUCCACCAGCCAGCUACACGUGGAGACCAUCUGCAGCGGCCGGUCGUUCGACAAGAUUUGCUACCAUAGCGAGUCCGACCUCGUUGUGGUGGGGUGCGUCGGUGAGCUUGUCGCCGACUCGGAGAGCAGCAUCUCCCGCCGCAGCGCGGUUCAGGCGCAUCGCUCACCAACACGAGACUCGGAAGGCGCAGUGCCGAGAGAUGGCACAGCGUUCCGGUGUAUUGACGUAUCGUCAAUGAUACCGUUGCCGGGGAUAUGCAAGCUGGAGCCCUGCGCAAAGUUCAUCUGCCUCAAGACGAAGGAGGUGGUCCACACCCUCAAAAUACCAUCACGCCAUGUGGUGUCGGGCGUGACCACGGUGGCGUUUGAUGGCCACAGGACCAUGAUCGCGAUUGGCACCUCGCGCGUGUCUGACCAGGACGAGGUGCCCAGGGAAGGGCACAUCUACCUUGUGGACGUGGUGAGCAGCGGCCCCGACUCGUGGAACAUAGUCUUCUUGCGCACGGUUACCGCGCUCUCUGCCGGCAUCGUGGAAAUGACGGCGUGCUCAAACGCGCUUGUAGUGGCGCUCAACGAUGCCGUCACCGUCAUGACGCUGCGCAGGGAAGACAGGCCGUCGGUCAGCCAGAGCCACGCCCAAACCGCCAAGACGCACAAGCUGGAGGCGGUGCAUGCAUCGGACGAUGACUACGGCAGCUUUGAGCUCGUGGAGCGUGCGGAAUACAAAUCGUGCACAUACGUGGUCUCGCUGGACGCAUACAAGGAUGUGAUAGUGGUCGGCGACCUCAUGAACUCAGCCCGGAUGCUACGCUGGCGAGGAAACGAACUGCGGGAAGUAUGCAAGGACUUCAACAGCGUCUACUGCACUGCAGUGGCGGCGAUAGACAAGACGCACUGUGUGGUGUCCGACAGCUCGGGGAACUUCCACGUAUUAGGGAAGCCCGGAUCCGCGACCAAUGACCUCGAGGCCAUGAGGGUGGAAGACGCGGGGCUGUUUCAUCACGGUGAGAACAUCAACCGGAUACGCGCCAACCCGCCGGCAGAGAACACCGUUCCGAAGGUGGAGUCGGCACAUGGCCGCGACAUGCCAACAUUCUGCACCACAACGCAAUGCGACCGUCGGUUCUGCUGCCUGCAGGGCGACGUGCCGGUAUCGACCCCGCACGACGUCUCAGACGACCUCAUACGCGGACUCUCUCGGCCCAACAAAUUCUGGAAUUACGGGUUCAAGUGCGUGCUGACAUGCGCCACGUCCGCGGGGUCGCUUAUUCGCCUGUGCCUCUUCGAGGACGACCGCCUUUUCUACCGUCUGGGCCUCGUGGAGGAGGCCAUGAACAGGGUGCAGAAGAAGGUUGGGAAUAUAUCCAACCUGCACUGGCGCUCAUUCAAGAACCGGUGGUCGGUCUCCCCGCCGCGGGCGUUCAUCGACGGCGACGUCGUGGAGAGCUUCGUGGACCUGGACCCGUCGUUGCGCCAGCAGGUGUUCGACUCCAUCGCCGAGAAGGAGUCACAGGGCAUGUUCUACUCGCACGAGCUGCUGGCGCUGGAAAUCGAACACAUACGGCGGCUGCGCAGGUGA